AUGUGGCCAGCGAUUCCUUUGAACAUUGUUAUUAUUUUAUCGUUAUGUGAAUUAUCGUUUCUUGUUGACUUCAAUAACGCUCAGCCAGAUCCACGGUUGGCCGCUGGUGAGAUUGAGAGUUCUACAGAAAGUGUGAUAAUAGCAGUAAACGAUGAUAAUAAUAGUACUAGUAAUAUCAGUAAUAUCAAUAAUAUUAAUAUUUCGUAUUUAGAUGAGCCAGAGUGUUCCUUAUCGAAUAUACGUCAAAUGCUUGGCCAUGAUGACUUCUCAUUGCUGGGCAUCUCGGCGAACUGCCUGAUAUUCUUCGUGACUGGUGACGAGAUUGCAGAGGGUCACUUCGAUUUAUCACGGAUUACUGACAAACCUGGCAAAUGCAAAGAUCCGAAACCAAUCUUUUAUAAGCAAGAUAAUGAAUACAAAAUUCUGGUUGCUCAGAAGAAGUCAGUUUACACUUCGGGCUGUAAGUGGGAAGAGCACCAAUCUUAUCACAGCUGCAAGUUCAGUCGAUCGGCAUGGAUGAAAAAAUCGGUAGCUCCAGAUGGAGACGUUGAUGAGAUUAUCGGGCACGUAACAGACCUGAAUACAGAUAUUUUACAUAUUCUCUACACCAACGAAGAAGCUUCGAUGUUUGAUGCUAUGUACAAUAUAUCAUCACAAAAUUUCGUCGCUACUGCAAAAAUUGAUGAAGCCAGUUUCAAAAUCAGUUCAUUCGAUUCGGAUUUAAUGGUCAGUGACGACUUCGAAAAACUUCAGACUAUUUGA